GAGCCCUCCAAUAAAAAGGAGGAGUCAACAGAAUACUCAAAAAGUAGGAAACAGUUUGUGGUAACUGCAUGACUAAAACAGAAAGAACACCACAGAGUACUGUGUAAAAGUUGAAGAUUAGGACAGGAAAUGUCAUGAGCUAUAUGCAAGUAAUUUAUUUCUAAUCCCAUUUCACUUUUGGAAGGAAGGCACGUCACAUGCCAGGAGCUCCACAGGAUUGAAGAUUACUUCAAAAUGACAAGCCUCAUUAAUUUAGGAACUUUAAAUGAUUCAGUCCCCUACAGCUUUACAGAGAGUACAGACACUGUAAAUACAACACUGGAGCCCAACACCACAUGUGUUAUAAACGAUGACUCUAUGAGCAUUCCUUUAGCCUUGGCCUACUCCUUCAUGUUUGUCUUUGGACUGUUGGGAAACGUUUUAGCCCUGUACGUCUUCCUCUUCGUCCACUCAAAGAAGAACUCUGUCCAUGUUUUCCUUGUCAACAUAGCUGUUGCUGACCUCAUCCUGAUUAUCUGUUUGCCUUUCCGCAUCGUCUACCACAGCACCAAAAACCAGUGGAUGCUGGGCCAGACCUUCUGCAAAGUGGUCGGCAACAUUUUCUACAUGAACAUGUACAUCAGCAUCACCCUGCUUGGGUUCAUCAGUGUGGACCGAUACAUCAAAAUCCAACGCUCAGUACAGCAGUACAAACUGCAGAAGAGGAAAUGGAGCAUCAUCACAUGUUGCAUCACCUGGGGUAUGGCCAUUGCUUUCAUUAUACCCAUGAUCAGCAAACCAGAAGGCAACGAGAAGAUCACUAAAUGUUUCCAAUACAAGGGCAGACAAAAUGCCAAAUGGAAAGCUUUCUUUAACCUUGCAAUGGUUGUUGUCUUUUGGGUAGUUUACAUUUCCCUAAUGCUCUCUUAUGGUCAAAUUGCCAAAAAGCUUUACAAACUUUCUAGGGAGAAAUCAGACCUUCCCAAUGCCCACAAGUAUAGACAGACGGCAAAAAAAUCUUUUUUUGUGCUUUUUAUCUUUACGGUGUGCUUCGUUCCAUAUCACAUCUUUCGUGUAAUCUACAUCUGGUCCCAGAUCUAUGGCACUACCUGCUACUGGACGAACAUCAUUGACAAAACCAAUGAGGUGGCACUGCUCUUCUCAACUCUAAACAAUUGCCUGGAUCCAGUCAUGUUCUUUCUGCUGUCAGGCUCUGUGCGCAAGAUGACCAUCAGUCUCCUGUGCAGAAAUGUCCCAUCAUAUGCAAGCACAACCAACAGCUCCACCACCGAGCACCAGCAAGCGAAAGCUUCCCAGGCGACCAGUAGCACUCGGGCGAGUUUCAGCAUCAUUCAUUCAUUCCGACAGAAACGGUUAAUUAUAGGAAUCUAAAGGGAUCUUCAGCAUCAGCUGGAAAUCCUCAGCUCCUAAAAACAGGAACAGGACUCUGAUAAAAACUAGCUUGACUCCUGGUGGAACAGUGCAAGACAUUCCUAAUGUGCUGUAAGGUUGAAAACAAACUUCUAAAAACAAGACAAUGAAAAAAUGUCCUUGACAGAUUUAUACUGGGUUAAAUGGACAGCUGAAAACGACAGUAACGUCCAUUCUGUACAGGAAUGAAAGACAUUAAAACACAGAAUAUAAAACAAACAUUAACCUAUCUACACUUUGUAAGGAGUUAUGAGCUAGUUUUAUAUUUGACCAAACAUUCUGAAAGGCAUUUAAAGAACUGCAUCAGGCGACCAUAUUGGUUUAAGCACAAAUACCAUUUUUGAAAAAGUCAAUUGCAUUGACACAGGGAUGAUGCUUGUCAACUUUGGAGUUAAUCAAAUA